GCUGCGGGCAAUGGAGGGCGGUGAAUCCCCCGCCGAGCCCGGCUCGGGGCCUGCCAGGCGCUUCCCGGUGGCGGCGGUGGAGGAGAUCCUGAGGGAUGUGGUGGGGAGCGCCCUGAGGGAGCGGCGCUACGAGCCGGGGCCGUGCCGGGCGGCGGCCAAGGACAUCGCCGAGGUCGUUAAGGCGCGGGUCAAAGCGCUGGUGGUGCCCAGGUACAAGAUCGUGGUGGUGGCACACAUUGGGCAGCUGGGCGGGCAGAGCCUGCAGAUCAGCAGCAGGUGCCUCUGGGACCCCGAGAGUGACACGUUUUCCUCCUAUGUGUUCAAGAACACCUCGCUGUUUGCCGUGACAAAUGUCUAUGGUGCAAAGCUGAAACCAGAACAGUAGUUAGUUGGGAAGAAAUACUUCAUGUGCUCAUGACUAAAAGUUUAACCCACUGUAAACACUGUGAAAUGCAGA